AAGUGCACUUCCUUAUCCGCUUGCUGCUUCAUCGUCGCUAACAACAGCGCUAACAACAGUUGUUUACACUGCCUGCAUAUGCUGUGGAAGACAACAUUUUAAGCUGGUAUUUAUUGACGGAGGAAUAAAGUUAUGACAUAGCAUUUAACAAGUCGUAACGUUAGAGAAACUGGAUUCGGUGAAUAAAAAGAUUUCAUUCACCUGCUCAGCCAAGACCAAUGGACAAGACGUCACAGCAAGCACAGGUGAUGUUGGAGCAGCAACUGUCUCCAAACACAAGAAGGAGUUUCAACUUCUCAUCUCUCCGUAUAAAAAAAAGGCACAACAGUAAUGAAGAGGGCGGAUUUACACGGCGGAGAGGGUUGCUGUCUUUUUCAUCAGUACGGGAGACAUCAAGAAAGGAAGCAGUCCCAGAUGAAGAUGGUGCCUCACAGCAUUACUGUCCUCAGGACCUGGUGAAGAACACAGGUGAGCAGCCCAAAGCUAACCUCACCUCUGACGUGGCUGGUAAACACACAGCGAUCCCAUCCGGACACGAUGAAGGUGGACGACAAGGAGCCCUCAAGCGCUUUAGUGCCAGGUUUCCCUCCUUCCGCAAAGGCAAAAGAGAUAUCAAAGACGUUGAGCCGACAGAGCCGCUGGGCCCGGUGGUGGCAGACAACGCAUCCAGGCAGCACCGCUACGCCAGCGGUCAGUACUUCUUUGAGUAUCUGGUGGUGGUCAGCCUCAAGAAGACCAAAGAUGGCAGCAGCUACGAACCUCAGAUCACCUACCAGUUUCCCAAGAGAGAUGGGAUGGCGAAAUUUCAGAAGGAGGAGGAGGAGAAGACACUAAAGGCCCUCACCCUCUUCUGUUUCCCAGAGGGCAUCAACUGGGCUCCUUUGACAGAAUAUCACAGUGAGACUUUCUCCUUCGUUCUGACUGAGGUUGACGGCAGCCGAAGAAACGGAUACUGCCGGAGGUUACUGCCGGGAGGGAAAGGAGCGCGGCCCCCCGAGGCUUACUGCAUCAUCAGCACCCUGGCUUGUUUCGGCCUCUUCUCCAAGAUAUUUGACGAGGUGGAGAAGCGGCGGCAGAUCUCCAUGGCGAUGAUCUACCCAUUCAUGCAGAAGCUGAGGGAGGCUCCAUUUCCCGCUCCGGGAAACACUGUGGAGAUUAAGAGCUUCAUUCCUGAGUCGGGCACUGAGAUCAUCAGUCUGACCCGGCCGUUGGAUUCCUGGCUGGAGCACGUAAACUUCGCCACACUCUUCGACUGCCUGACAGACGCGGAGGUUUUACUGGUGUUUGCUUCCGCCAUCUUGGAGAGACGGAUCGUUUUCAUCGCUGAUGAACUGGGCACAUUAUCCCAAGUCAUUCAUGCAGUAGCAGCCCUGCUCUACCCCUUCACCUGGCAGCACACCUUGAUCUCCAUCGUUCCGGAGAUCCUGAUCGACGUAGUGAUGGCCCCCACGCCCUACCUGCUGGGAGUCCAGAAGCGCCUGCUGGACCAGGUCACCGACCAGAGUGAUCUGCUGUUGGUCGACUUGUCUGAGGAUAAAAAGGAGACAUUUAUCGUUUCAAUUGGUGACGAAAGCUCUAUUCUGCCCCCGAAGCUCCAAACUGAAAUACUAGAGGAACUAAGUAACAGACAAAAAGUAUUAACGGUGGAGGAGAUGAACCGGGUGGUGUCGGAAGCCUUCCUGCACUUCUUUGUGAAAACAGUCGGCCAUUACUCCUCGUAUGUGAGAUGCAGCCGUGCUGGAGGGCAGGGGGUGUUUGAAAAGAGAAGUUUCUACAAGGCCAUUGAUUCCAAGACAACGCGACACUUUGUCAAGAAGUUCAUCCAGACGCAGAUGUUUGACCUGUUUAUCCAGGAGGUGGAGCAGCAGCAGGCUGGACCGCAGCAAGGAAUAUUUCACAGAAAGAUCCUUGAAUACCAAGAGAAGAAGAGGAAGGACAAGGCAAAGAACCACUAGCUGUCAGCGUGGGACCCAGCGUGUACAUACAGUUAGAGGAGUUCAUAAGGAAAGAUGUGAAUGUAGCACUGUGUUUUAUGCCUUGUGUCAGUUUUGGUUUUUAAAGGCAGGGUUGGUUACUCUUUCCGGUAUACACUUUUUAUAUAUUGUUUGAAAUGGUCUUCACACCCCGACAGCAAUAAAUAACUUCUGGGCUCUGAAAAAGGAACGACAAACAUCCGUCGCCUGUAGCUGCUGUAAUCCUGUAACAACGCCCACCAAUCACUGCCUCGCCCUCGCGGUCCGCUUGGAAAAAAAACCAAUGAAAUGCCUCCUUGCCCCGCUGCCCUAAAGUACGCGCCGCGGGGCAAGGAGGCGUUUGGACCAAAGUACGGAGCGUGGACUGGUAGCUGGAGAGGUGCGAGUUCACCUCCUUGAGCAAGGCACCGAACUCCCCCAACCGCCCAGGGCGCCUAUCCAGCAGUC